ACAAAGAUAAAAUUCGGUGCGGUUUCCACAUUUUUCUAUCGAAAAUGCAUUGUUUUUCAUAAAAAAUGAGCUAAAAACCUAUGAGUAAGAAACAAUAAAACCUUCUCCAACAGUAUUUUAGUUAAAGAUUACUAGAUAUAGUCAAAAAUGGGUCUUUUAUCGGACCCUGAAUACGGAUCGGUAAAAUGGGUGCGGGUGCUGAAGAAAAUACAUGGACCUCUUUGCUUCCUGUGCUAUAUUGGUGCCCUGAUAUGGUUUGUUAUGUUAGGACAUCGAGAGUUUAACAACGAGACGUAUUUCUCUGAAAAUGCGUUGCUUCCCGGCCUGGUAACGAAUGAGUUUAACGGCGAACAAGCUGCUAAGCAGUUUUACAAUGAAUUCUUGCAAGAACUUGAGGAUAAAUACAAUGAUAUGGAUGAGAUGCCCAUACCCUGGCUGGUGGGCAAGAUGUCACAGCUGCAUCUGGAGGUCUACACGCACAACUUCACUCUAAACUACCCACUUGGACAAGGUCAGGUGUUCAAAGGCACGAACGUAUACGGAAUACUGCGGGCCCCGCGCACCUCGUCCCUCGAGGCGCUAGUAGUGAGUGCUCCGUACCGGCCCCUCGGCUCACACCAGAAGGGCACCGCUGCCGGCAUCGCCCUCAUGCUUGCGUUUGCGCAGUUUGCCAGACCUCAAAAAUACUGGGCGAAGGACAUAAUAUUCCUAGUAACGGAACACGAACAACUAGGAAUGCAGGCGUGGUUGGAAGCUUACCACGGCUUGCAGAGCGACACGGAAACCUUCUACUCUAGCCUUGGCAGCUUCUGGAAGCCUGGUACCACGGGCAAGAAGUUGGAGCAAAUGUUAGCGGGAUUCGGAUGGAGUAACGAACACCAGAAGUGCUUGGAUCCUGGCAAAUUGAAAGGAAGAUCUGGGUCUAUUCAAGCGGCGAUUAAUUUGGAGAUCCAUGAUCCUAAAAUCAAGUACAUAGAAGUGAAAGUAGAAGGAUUGAACGGACAAUUACCCAAUUUGGAUCUUGUCAACUUAGUUCACAAGCUGUGUGUUAAAUCUGGGAUCCAUCACUCUUACAAGAACAGUUACUCCUGGAUUCGAACCCGCAAUAAGAUGGAGGAAUGGAUGAACGGCAUCUGGACCAUGCUGGGUAUGGUGUCCACACAAAUUGCUGGGGUACCAAACGGCAACCACGGAUUGUUCCACCGCUUCGGUAUAGAAGCAGUCACUCUGGAGGGGCGGAGCGCCAACGACAUGGCUGGGACACCUCCUAAAGUGAACUCUCUUUCUCCUGCUAACUUCUACCGCCUUGGUGUCGCGCUGGAGAGUAUACUGCGCAGUCUGAACAACUUAUUAGAGCGGUUCCACCAGAGCUACUUCUUUUAUUUGCUAGCGGCUACUAAUAGGUUCAUUUCUAUUGGCCAAUACAUGCCGUCUCUCUGUUUGCUCUGCGUAGCGAUGUUAAUCCGGGCGUUAGCUCUUUGGGUGAGCAUACAACAGGACGCCGAUGAAGAGGACAAACAGAUAGACGAACAACCGAAGCGAAAAGCGAAGACCUCCGAGUCCGAAGUACCAGGGGAUAAUGACAACGAAGAAGUUGUAGAACAAACCCAAGAGACAACCCUUAGACACCGCAAGAAAUCCGAACCAAAAGUACUAGGCGAUAAGGAAGCGAAAGAAGCAUCGAACAAAGCGAAGAAAGAGAAAAAACAUAAGAAAACAAAGAAGUUAGAAGAGUCAAGAAUGAGUAUUGUUAAUAUCGGCGCGAAUUAUCUGCUUGUGCAUUUGAUUGGUUAUGGUGUUAUGAAUUCGCCGCUGUUGUUGAGCCAAAUUGGGUCCCAAUACUUUGACCUGCUCUCAGAAGUGGCGGUGUACUAUGGUCUGGUAGCAAUCUCCGUACUGUUGGCCAUAGUUACUCCGUUCCUACCGAGACUGCUGCGCGCGGGCCGCAUGAGUACCGAGGAGAUGGCGUUAGUGAACAUUUUGGUAUUAGUCGAGGUGUCGACCGCGUGCCUCACGGUGGGCAUGCAUAACUUCCCGCUGGGGCUGGCGGCCGCGGCGCUGUACACCCCCCUCGCGCUGGUGGCACAGCCACCACAGCAUACUGACAGGAAGAGCCAAAUAAUCCUGUUCUUGAAGCGCGUGUUCUGCCUCCUCCUCCAGCCGCUAAGUAUAACAACCAUCGCGCUAGUGGCGUACGGGCGUGUGUUGUUCCCUGAGGAAGAGUGGCUGGACUGCGCCGGUCGCGGGCUCGACGCCGCCAUGCAGGCCGUCAUGUUCGCCAUCGUCGACUCCCUGAUCUACGGCAACUGGUUAUUCAACGUAGCGACGGCAGUAUUUCUACCCACUUGGAUUAUAUUCUGGCAGAUCCUGUGCAACAGAGUAGAAGCUUAGACGUCGCGUCAAAAAUUGGUUAAUUUAUGUUGUGAUUAUGUUUUUAUUUCGAUAACACUUAUCGACUAAUGCAUUUGUGUGUCAUUCCAAAGACUUGAACAAAUAAAUUAAAGACUUUUUA